AUGGAUGAAGAUAAUAUGACGUUUUCCAAUGACUUCACCCUCACGGGUCUUUUCAAUAACAAUAAGGCCUCCGCCUUCCUUUUUAGCCUCAUUUGUGCCAUUUUCUUCAUGGCCAUUAUAGCUAAUGGGAUCAUGAUAUUCCUAAUCCACGUAGACCCUCACCUCCAUACACCUAUGUACUUCCUGCUCAGUCAUCUCUCCUUCAUUGACAUGAUGUACAUAUCCACCAUUGUGCCCAAGAUGCUGGUUGAUUAUAUUUUGGGCAAUACAACGAUUUCCUUUGUUUCCUGUACAGUCCAGUACUUUCUCUACAUGGGAUUUGUGGGGGCUGAGUUUUUCCUCCUUGGACUUAUGGCUUAUGAUCGCUAUGUGGCUAUCUGCAACCCUCUGCGUUACCCUAUACUCAUGAACCAAAGGGUUUGCUGGAUGAUCUUGGCAAGUUCUUGGUUUGGCGGUUCUCUGGACAGCUUCCUUCUCACUCCAAUCACCAUGACGCUCCCAUUCUGCGCCUCCCACAAAAUCAAUCACUUCUUCUGUGAGGGACCCACGAUGCUUAGACUGGCUUGUGGUGACAAAGCUGCCUAUGAAAUGAUUAUGUAUGUUUGCUGUGUGAUGAUGCUGCUGAUCCCGUUCUCUGUGGUUAUUGCCUCGUAUGCUCGGAUCCUCAUCACGGUUCAUCAGAUGAACUCGGCAGAAGGGAAGAAAAAAGCCUUUACGACCUGUUCAUCACAUAUAACUGUAGUGACCUUGUUCUACGGGGCUGCCCUGUACACAUACAUGCUUCCCCAAUCCUACCACACUCCAAUCAAAGAUAAAGUAUUUUCUGCCUUUUACACCAUCCUCACCCCAUUUUUAAACCCUCUUAUCUACAGCCUGAGAAACAGAGAUGUGACUGGGGCCUUUAAAAGGAUUUUGAAAAGAUUUCAAAGAGCCCCUGGUGUGACAACAGAAGACUUCUGA